AUGAUUAGUAUUAAGGUUAUUUCACCUAAAUUAAAGAAUACAAAACAUAAAGCAAAUUAAAGUUAGCCAUCAAUAACUAAAUAUAAUAACCUAAAUAGUUUCAAUGAUUAUUUUAGAAGUCAAAGAAUUUAUGAAUAAGGUUCGCGGCAUAAUAAAAGGAUAAGCAUUGCUGAUAGUAGAUGUAAAACAGAUUCUCGUUUAUUUGAGAAUUAUUCAAGUAGUACAAAAAGAAUGUCAAUGUAAUCAUCAACUUUAUGUUUAUCCAAUACAAAAUCUUAGAGUACAAGUCCAAAAACAAUAAAUUAAAGUUCAACAAUGAAUUUAAAAUCUUAAAAAAAUGUAACUUAUUAGUCUACAAAGAAGCAAAAACAUAAGUAAAAUUCUAAUCAAACAAAUCCCUAAUGCUUUGAUUUCCAAAUCAAAUUUGAUGCACUAUUAUUAAAAACAAAAACAUUUAUUUAGCAUUAUAAAUAAAGAGAAAAAAUAUUUAUAAAAAGAGAAAAGGAAUUAAAUCAAGAAAUAUUAAAGUUAAAAACAAGAAUAGAAAUAUAGAAUAGACUUUUAAUUAGUUAUAAUAUUCCUCAAAUAAAAUUUUGA